GCGCCGGCCGCGCCUUGCGAUUGGCUGAGCCGCCCCGGCGGCGGCGGUUGCCCGGGUGACGGAGCGCGGACUGGGUGAGCGCUGUGUUGGCCGCGGAGCAGCAGGUCCCCAGGAGCCAUCACUGGAGUUCCCGCUCCCUGCCCCGUUGGAUACCUCGGGGUGACGAGGACGCCGGGUCUCAUCUGCUCGCCUCGCGGGGACUCGCUGUGGACUCCUGGCAGCGCCAUGGGCGACGUCCUGGCUCACGAGUCAGAGCUGUUGGGACUCGUGAAAGAGUAUUUAGAUUUUGCUGAAUUUGAGGACACUUUGAAAACAUUUUCAAAAGAAUGCAAAAUAAAAGGAAAACCAUUCAGUAAAGCAGCAGGUGGCUCCUUAAGGGACUCCAGGUCGUCGGCCGUCCAGAAGGAGCUCCUGGCUGCCUUCGAUGGCGGGGACCAGAAGGUGUUCUUCCGCCUGUGGGAGGAGCACAUCCCUCGUGCCAUCCGGGAUGGGGAUGCUGGGGCGCAGAAGCUGGAGUUCUACCUGCACAUCCACUUCGCCGUCUACCUGCUCAAGUACCGUGCCGGCCCGCAGGACAAGCGGGAGCUGGAUGAGAGGAUUUCCUAUUUCAGAUCCUUCCUGGAGACCAGAGGAGCGGCACUGAGCCAGACCACAGAGUUCCUGCCCUUCUACGCCCUUCCCUUCGUGCCCAACCCCCUGGCGCACCCCUCCUUCAAGGAGCUCUUCCAGGAUUCCUGGACUCCAGAGUUAAAGUUGAAGCUGGAGAAAUUUCUAGAGUUAAUUUUUAAAGCCAGUAACACGCCCAAGCUUUUAACAAUCUAUAAGGAAAAUGGACAACACAACAAAGAGACGCUGCAGCGACUGCACCAGCAGCUGCUUGAGGCGGAGCGCCGGUCCAUGACGUACUUAAAGCGGUACAAUAAGAUCCAGGCAGACUACCACAACCUCAUUGGGGUCACGGCUGAGCUGGUGGAUUCUCUGGAGGCCACAGUCAGCGGCAAGAUGAUCACCCCCGAGUACCUGCAGAGCGUCUGCGUCCGCCUCUUCAGCAACCAAAUGCGACAGAGCCUGGUGCACAGCGUGGACUUCACCAGGCCCGGGACGGCCUCGACCAUGCUGCGCGCCUCCCUGGCCCCCGAGAAACUGCAAGAUGUCCCCCUGCUGCCCUCCCUGGACUACGAGAAACUGAAGAAGGAUUUGAUCUGGGGGAGUGACCGUCUGAAAGCCUUCUUGCUUCAGGCUCUGCGCUGGCGCCUGACCACGUCGCACCCCGGCGAGCAGCGGGAGACCGUGCUGCAGGCCUACAUCAGCAACGACCUCCUGGACUGUCGCAGCCGCGGCCAGAGGAGUGUGCUGCAGCUGCUGCACUCCAAGAGCGAGGUGGUCCGGCAGUACAUGGCCCGACUGGUCAACGCCGUGGCUUCUCUAGCCGAAGGUCGCCUCUACCUGGCCCAGAACAUGCAGGUGCUGCGGCUGCUGGAGGGCAGGCUGAAGGAGGAGGACAAGGACGUGGUCACCCGCGAGAAUGUGCUCGGGGCCCUGCAGAAGUUCAGCCUCAGGCGCCCGCUGCAGACAGCGAUGAUCCGGGACGGCCUCGUCUUCUGGCUGAUCGACACGCUGAGGGAGCCCGACUGCCUGUCCGACUACACCCUGGAGUACGCGGUGGCCUUGCUCAUGAACCUGUGCCUCCGCAGCGCAGGGAAGAACGUGUGUGCCCGGGUGGCGGGCCUGGUACUCAAAGUGCUUUCGGAUCUCCUCGGCCACGAGAACCACGAGAUACAGCCAUAUGUGAAUGGAGCUCUGUACAGCAUCCUUUCCAUCCCGUCCAUCCGGGAAGAGGCCAGAGCGAUGGGCAUGGAAGACAUCCUGCGCUGCUUCAUCAAAGAAGGGAACGCCGAAAUGAUCCGCCAGAUAGAAUUCAUCAUCAGGCAGCUGAACUCGGAAGAGCUGCUGGACAGCGUUCUUGAGUCUGACGAUGAGGAGGAGGAAGACGACGAGCAGGAGGACCAUGACACCAUGGAAGCGGACCUGGACAAGGACGAGCUGAUCCAGCCCCAGCUCGGGGAGCUCUCGGGCGAGAAGCUGCUGACCACGGAGUACCUGGGGAUCAUGACCAACACGGGGAAGGCGCGGCGGAGGGGCCAGGCCGGCGUGCGGCGGAGCGGGGACGGGCCCCUGCGCAGGCCCGUCACCCCUGGCGGCCACAGGACCGGGUGCCCAGUGCUUGAGGACGUUUCUCCCCAGAAUGCCCAACAGGCCAGACGCGGGUCCCCUCGGUCUCUGCAGGCCAGCUACACGGAGCCCACACCCGGGGUCCCUGAGCGCUGCCCGCCCUCGCCAUCAGCCGCAGAUGCCAUGGCAGGACGGCAGGAGGAGCCAUGCCUGCCCCCCACGGGGACACCAAAGGAGGCACCCCAGGACCCGGGCAGCAGAGAGACCACCAGGCGGCCAGUGUUGCCGGAAGUGAGGGCAGCUGCCUUCCUGGGUGUCAACGUCAUGCUGUCCAAGGGCCAGCCAGCCACUGCGGGUGACAGAUGUGAAGAGACAGUCAUCUACAAGACGGCGCGGGGCCCUCUAGCCGCCCAGGGGCGAGGCCGUGCGGCCCAACCAUCGGGCAGCGCCUGCAGGGGGCAGGGAGAACCCCGACAAGGAGAGAGGACGUCCCUUUGGCCUUGGGGACCCUCUGGCCCCAGGAACAGCAGGUGUGGACUGGGGGGUCCCCGGCCGUGUUAGGCACCCAGCUGAGCAGACAGCGCGAGGCCAGACGGUCAGCCUCUUCCAGGACAGUGACAGCGGCGGCCUCCUGGGAGCCAGCUAUCUUCACAGCACUGUAGAACUCCAUGAUGUGACCAGCCAGGUAGCCACAAGCCACAAGCCGCUGAGGACUGGGAUGCAGAGGAAGGAGCCUCCUCCAGCCACCCGCCUCCGAGCCACACUGUGUUUCCCUCCACUUUCAAACUCUGAUGACUAUGAUGUGUUUGUGUGUGUUCACAGCAGCCCUGCACCCCUGCCUGUUUUGUAAGGCCUUAGAAAGUUACCCAGUUUAAUUAGUGCCAUUUCCCACCCCCCACUAAGACCAUAAGCACAGCCAGGUAUUGUGUCACACGCCUGUAAUCCUAGCACUCUGGAAGGCCGAGGCAGGAGAAUCACAAGUUCAAGCCCAGUCUGAAAACUU